AUGCGUUCAUUUCAUUCAGAAUUUUUCUCUUUGCCGUCCGCCAAGUCCCUUGUUACUAAGCAGGUUAAUACAAACGUUUCACCUUUCUCUCUCUCUCUCUCUCUCUCUCUCUCUCUCUCUCUCUCUCUCGCCCUUCUUUUAAAUUUUAUCCUUGUUCAACUCACCCCUGAUCCCCCCAACAUGUGGGCAUUCCUACGCUUCCUGUUAGUUUUACCGUUCAUGUCGUCAUUCACUUCACCUCAACAGGUGCUCGCUACAUCUGUUACCUUCAGGUCGAGGAUGUCAGUGAUGUGGAAGACAAACAUCGAACUGGAUGAUUCAAGCGAUUUUUUCACUUUUGGCUUUCAUUGUCUCUUUUCCAUCUACUUUGUAUUCACUUUCCAAUCUUUUCAACAUUCUUUCCGUAUACUUUUCCUAUCUCUCUCUCUCUCUCUCUCUCACUCUCUCUCUCUUUCUUUUCUCUUCUUUUCUCUCGUUUCUCUCUAUUUUUCUCUCUUUUUUCGAGACUUUCAGAUCGAUGAGGUGCCGUUAAAUAUUCCCAAAUUAGGAGGAUUAGCAGGCGCUUUCAUAAAUGGUAAUUACAAACUGCAAAUGCGAAUCUUGGGAGACCAGAAGGAAGAACUCGGUUGCCUUGAGAUGAAAUUCUCCGUGCGAAAACGGCAUAAAGGGUGGUUCUUUAAAAUCUGA